UUUAUUUAUUUUCCUUCGACACCAUUUUUUUAACCUUUUAAAUCUCUCUUUCUUGUCAUAUAUACUCCUUUAAGAAAAAAAAAAAAACCGACCAUCUUUCCCAUUUCAAUUUUCUUAUAGACAAUUAAUAAUGGAGGAUCAUUACAAUGAACCCCUUCUUUCAAAUUCAGAAGAUGGCCAAAUUAUUAUUCACGAAGAUGAUCAUAAAACAUUUCUCCCAGAAAAUGAGGAACCUCACUCGAUGCCAUCCAUAUCUUAUAGUAGAGACGAUCCUUUGAAGAAUGGUAACGUUGGGGAUUUGUUGAAAGAAUUCUUGGCUGAAUUGAAGAAGGUCUGGAAUUUAGCCGGUCCGUCCAUCUUCAGCUCCGUAUGCCAAUAUGGGAUCGGAGCUUUCACUCAAAUCUACGUUGGUCAGCUUGGAACCGUUCAACUGGCUGCAUUCUCUGUCGAAAAUUCCGUCAUUGCUGAUUUCGGUUAUAGCAUACUGGUAAGUAAACAAAAAAAAAAAAAACCCGAAAAUGGAGAUCCUUCAUUAAAAGAUCAUAUGGUAGUUUGGUUGAUUUUUAGUUCUUUCAUUCCGUUUCAUCAAACUCACUUCCGAUAUAAUUCGUUAUUCCCACUACAGAGUUAAAAGUUUAAUAUUCCCUCUGUCUUGAAAUUAUUGUUCAGUUUAGAUUUUUAUUUUUAGUACAAAUUGAACUAAAAGUGAAAAUUCAAACUGGAUAAUAAUUUUGGGACAGAAAUUACUAAAAUCGUAUUUCUUGUCUUGUUUUUUUAGUGCGUUUUCGGAGAUUUAUUGUUUUUCCUUGAGGGUACUACUUUUUUUUUUUUUUUUUUUUUUUGGUUGGUGGUGUUAUAAACAAUAUAUAGGCGGGAAUGGGAAGUGCAUUAGAGACACUAUGUGGACAAGCAUAUGGAGCUAAACAAUAUAGGAUGCUGGGAAUUUACAUGCAAAAAUCAUGGUUUCUCCUCAACAUCUCCGUAGUACCAAUGAUUUUGCUGUUCAUUUUCGCAACUCCAGUCUUAAGAUUUCUUGGCCAAGACGCCACCAUUUCCAAAGAAGCCGGAACUUUCGCUUUAUGGAUGAUUCCUCAACAAUUUGCAUACGCAACGUUUAUUCCACUUUCUAAGUUCUUGCAAGCUCAAAGCAAAGUGAUGGAGAUGGCCGUGAUUGCGGCUUUCGCGCUUUGCACGCAUUCGAUUUUGGGUUGGUUUGUGAUAUUGAAGCUCGGAUGGGGACUUCCGGCGGCCGCCGUGAUGUUAAACGCGUCUUGGUGGUUCAUGGCAGUGGCUCAGUUCUUGUACGUUGUGCUCUGGACCGGCGGUGCUCAGGCUUGGUCCGGGUUUUCUUCAAAAGCUCUCACAAACCUUUCCGGAUUUUUCAAGCUUUCGGUUUCCUCCGCUCUAAUGAGCUGUUUGGGAAUGUGGUACAUGAUGGGAGUGAUCCUUGUAGCUGGUUUUCUGAAGAAUGCAGAAGUUUCAGUGGCUGCAUUAUCUGUAUGUUUGAAUAUUCUGGGUUGGGCCAGCAUGGUUGGCAGCGGGUUUAAUGCUGCCAUCAGUGUGAGAGUGUCAAAUGAACUGGGUUCUGGAAGAUCAAGAGCUGCAAAAUUUGCGGUGAUGGUGGUGGGAAUAACGUCGACUUUGUUUGGUCUUUUGUUUGCUCUGGUGCUGUUGCUACAAAGGAAGCAAUACCCGGCAUUAUUUUCUAAUGAUAAUGAAGUUAAGCAGCUUGUUGAUGAGCUUACACCAAUGCUGGCCGUCAGCAUCAUCUUCGGUUGCAUUCCUUUAAAUGGAGUGGCGGUGGGAGCAGGGUGGCAAACUAUUGUUGCUUAUAUGAAUGUGGGGAGCUACUUUAUUUUUGGUGCUCCUGUCGGAAUAUUAAUGUGUUACAAGUUUAACAAAGGGCUUCAGGGGCUUUGGCUUGGGAUGCUUUCUGGAGUUUGCCUUCAAACACUUGGAGUAUUGUUACUGAUUUUCCUUACCAAUUGGCACAAAGAGGCACAUGUAGCUAAGAAGAGACUGAAGAAAUUUGAAGGAGAAACCCUUGCUCUAGGCGAUGAAGAAAAUUAAAUCACCAAGACAAAAAAAAAAAAACUUUGUACAUGUCAAUUUUACUCGGGGAAACUACCCCCAAACAAAAGGCUUGAUGAUUCCGACCAACUUCUUUUACAGGCAUUAUUGGUUGAUUCUUGAUGGUUAUUUAAAAAUUUAUCCAUCAAUGUAAAAAGCGAAAUGUUACAAUGUUAGCUCGUCAUGAUGUAUAAUAUUUUAGUGGAUUUUCUUUUAAAGGUAACCGACUUUUUUUAUUAUCAUUUUUUUUUUCUAAUUUUUGUGGGAAUCAAAAUCAGUUCACGGCUUCACGCGGCA